UGUUAUUGCAGUUGGUCUAGUUCGAGCAUACGUGGCUAAAGGUAGCUACCAUAGCCUUUACUAUUCCAUAGAAAAGCCCCUGAAAUUCUUCCAGACUGGAGCUUUGCUUGAGAUUCUGCACUGUGCAUUUGGCAUUGUUCCCUCUUCUGUUGUUCUGACUGCUUUCCAAGUGAUGUCAAGGGUUUUCCUGACGUGGGCAGUAACACAUAGUGUAAAAGAGGUACAAACUGAAGAUAGCGUCCUGUUGUUUGUGGUGGCCUGGACAAUCACUGAGAUAAUCCGUUACUCUUUUUAUACGUUCAGCUUGUUAAACCAUCUCCCUUAUCUCAUCAAAUGGGCCAGGUACACUUUGUUUAUAGUACUGUAUCCAAUGGGAGUCUCAGGCGAAUUACUUACAAUAUAUGCUGCAUUACCCUUCGUCAGGCAGUCUGGCUUGUAUUCCAUUAGUUUACCUAACAAGUACAAUUUUUCUUUUGACUACUAUACAUUCCUGAUCCUGGUUAUGAUCUCUUACAUUCCAAUCUUUCCUCAGCUGUAUUUUCAUAUGCUACAUCAGAGGCGAAAGGUACUCUCCCACACUGAAGAACACAAGAAGUCGGAGUAAUUCCAGCUCUUUUUCAGAACUUUUCAAACAUCAAAAUGCUGCAGUUUUUCAAUACCCAGCACAUUUAUAAAGAAUAUACCAGGAUAAAAUAAGCCAGAGGUAAAAGACUAGUAAUUUAGCAAGAAUAACCAAUAAAUCUGAUUUCACUGAAAUUCCACAAUGUAAAACAUUUGAAAUAAUUUUCAGCUUGCAGUGCUUCAGAAAACUUUUAAACUUUACAUGGCUUGGCAGUUAGCCUUUUCCUUAAAUAAUGUACUAAAUAGUUUUCAUUUAUUACUACAUGCCUGAAGGUUGCAGUAUGAGUGAUGAAGUUGUAGCCACUAAAUGCUUGAAUUGGGAUUAUAUGACUGAUACCUCUUUUUUUUUAAGUGCUUGACUGCAUGCCAGAAACUGUAUGUAUUGCCGUGAAAGCAGACAGUAUGCUCUGGAAUACUUCAGGAUUUUCUCAGAGACUCCAGUGGACAAUGCAACCUGGGCAAAGUGUUUGAAUUUAGAAAGGUGGUGUAUUUAAAAGGUGAUGGGAACAAGAACAGGAAACCAGUUAUGGGAAAUGAGGGGAAUGUGGUUCUUUAGGAAUUUAAACAGUAGCUUGUCUGACCAGAGUGUGGUCUCUGAAGAUCUUGUUUAAGCCGAUUGCUCAAAUGCUAAUGUUAAUUCAGAGGCUGUAAUGCUUAUCUGAAACAUUAAAAAUCCUCUAAGUACUGCAUCCCUGGAUACUUUUUUAAAUA